CCGGCUUCAGGGGUCGGCGCCACAGUGGCCGCCCACCGCACAGGCACACUAUAAAUGCCAAGUGCGCUACGAGAAACCUCCACUCGACGCUUCCUUCAGAACACUAUGAGGAACACUCUCGGCGUGUUGUGCGUCACCGUACUGUGCUUCGCGGUCAAACUGGGCUGCUGCGGAGACGUUGGCCCAGGCGCCCUGGGCCCCGGGGACUUGGGAGGACUAGGCGGCUUCGGCGGCCUCGGCGGAGCGGGUGGACCGGGCCUAGGCGGUGGCUUCGGCGACGGCUUCGGAGCGGGUCCCCUGGGUCUGGGAGCGCCGGGAGCCGCGCUCGCUGUGCCUCUGGCCACUACGGUGUCCUUCGUGCGGCAGCCGUUCAUCCGUGUAAGCUACGUGACCCGGCCCGUGGUCACUUACGUCCACCAGCCGGUGGCAACCGUCAGCCACACCAUCAGGCCUGUCGUCAAUCUGGGACAGGCGCUGGUCGGCUCCAACGUGCCCUUAGCCGGAGUGGGACCCGGGCCUGGAGACCUUAAAGGAGCGCACUACGGUUGGAAGAAGUGAAUGGCCCACACUUUGACGUUGAUUUUCCGUGCAGGAGCGCUCAUGUGACCGCUGGGCUGUCUCACCAACUAACUUUCAUGGUAUGACGAAACUCUCACCAAACUAAAAAAAGCGCCGGCCUUGUUCGCGAGGGAACGCAACCUGACGCGUCGCGACCGUUGUGUAGGCACCACAUGUUUUCGCUUAGCUCUACGAAUACUGGUAUUGCAAGCUACGAGAAGUAAUCCAGUCAUUUCUUAAGAUAUCAUUCUUCGCCUGCUCGCGGGUAUGCCUUUGAAGGGUUCGGAAGCUUGUGGAAUCAUUUGCACCUUGGUCCAUUGUUUUAUGUUACGCAACGAAAAAUGCGAAAAAAAAUACAUCCGCUCACUCAAGCUACCUCGGUUUUACGAUAGCGUUGUUUUAAUGAGUGCGCUUUUCGGGCUCAAUCUCUGAAGCUAAGGUGAACGCAAGCGAAUCGAAAUGCUUUUGUUCUCAGUGAGAUUUUUCUUAUGUCGCGUUUUAGCUAGGAGAUAAUGUGAGAGAGAGAAUGAAGAAAAAAAUAAGGGACGCUACCACUGCAGGCGACAGCCACAGCCUCGGUGUAAGUGGCACGCUCAAGUGCAAAAGGAAGGAGCUCCCACCAUUCGCACUAGGCUCAAUUUUCGCCACAUGGAAAGAAAAACAGGACUGCUGUUUUAUUUCUAGGAUCGUUUUUACAAACUGCAUUACAUCAUGAGCGACAAAGGUCAACAAUGGCCCUUUUAGAUGACGCAACAGUCGUAGUACAAGAAAUGGAGGCGGAGAAGGAGCCAAGGUGUGUCUUGUCGUGAAGGAAAAAUGGGAGCGGGGAUCUCUUUUGCAUCACAGACGAAAAUAUGAUGCUCCCUUGAGAGUCGUGACGGACAGCCGUUCUAAUUAUCAAUGUUCACGGAAAUGAAAAACACAGACUUUAAUGUUUACGUCCUUGGGUAGAUGACGUAAGGUAGCCAUGCUAUUCAUGCCCCUUUCAUUUUUAUCAGGGCAUGCGAAAUAUUAGUCAGAUGACUUCAUAGCGUUACCUCCCACUUUUCGGAAAGAUCUUUGCGGUCUUACAAAGCCUGUAUGGCUAUUAAGAAUGCACUUACCCCUAAGAGCGGAUGUGCGAGAAGUGAAGGUACAUGUCACUCUUUUCUAGUCGUGUUCAGACCACAAGAAUAUGCUCCAACGUUAUCAGCUGUCCUUCCUGUCCCCGAACGAAAGUGUUGGCAAUUGUUUUAUCGCUGCAUAUGUGACUAGUACAGAAGUAAUGCUACGUCUACUAAACAUAUAUAUACAUUCACCAUUGUGAAUAAUCAGGCUAGGAAAAUAAAAAGGAAUCUACACAUUUCCCGCGCAUUCUUGCGGGCGUUUGUAUUUUUGAUAUUCAGAAUAAAAAAAAAUAUGUUCACAGCAAAUUA